AGAGAGAGAGAGAUAUAUAUUUGAACAGACACGACGUUAACAAAUCGACAACCUUCCUUGUGUUGGGGCAGACACAAGAAAAAUAUACACAAAAAUCUAGGGUUUCCAAAUUAUCAUUCUUCCCUCCAAACCAAACAUACACCUCCCUUCUUCUCUGUUUCCUCAACCACACUUCUUCAAGAUUUGUGUUCAAUUGGGGAAGAAAAGAAGGUGUUUGGCAAGGAGGGAGGUACAAGUUCAAAAUUCAAAACCGUUGAAGAUUUAAUAAUUCAGAAUACGCUGUGGUUUGAAUGCAGUGUUAUUAUAUUACAUUACAUGGAUUUGGAUUCUUCUGAUGAUUCUAUAAAUACGAAAAAUUGCAAAUGUCACGACUGCAAUUGCGAAUGUGGUUGUUCCGAACGAGGUUCCAAGAAUUGGAUCCGUUCGGUGAAACGGAAACACCAUGAAAUGGAAAAGUUGGGAAAAUUGAACGUUGGUGGUGAUGGCGUUGUUCGCGUUGAAAUUGGGGAGGAAUGUGUGGCUUUACGUGAAGCGGUUAGUAGUCAACAGAAAGCGAUUCAAGAUUUGUGUUCUGAAUUGGAAGAGGAGAGGAAUGCUGCUUCGUCCGCGGCGAAUGAAACAAUGUCGAUGAUAUUGAGAUUGCAGACUGAGAAGGCUGAGCUUGAGAUGGAAGCGCGACAAUUUAAACGUUUUGUUGAGGAGAGGACGUGUCAUGAUCAACAGGAGCUUUUAGCUUUAGAGGAAUUGUUGUACAAAAGGGAACAAGUGAUACAUUCACUUACGUGUGAAGUUCAGGCUUAUAAGCAUAGAAUGCUGAGUUAUGGCUUGACUGAGUCAGAGGUAGAAGGUGGUGAUUAUGAAUUUCCACCUUAUGAGUAUCCUCCUUUGAAAUGUAAUGUAAUGCAUGUUUCUGCGGAUGCUGCUGAUGAUGAUGAUGAUGUUUUUGAUGUUGAUGUUGAGAAGUAUGUGUUUGGGGAAACUCCGAGGGAUCGUUUGAGGAAUUUGGAGAAUAGAAUAUCUCAAAUGGAGAAAACCCCAACUUAUAGUCAGAUGGAUGGGGAUUUCAAUGGGAAGAAUGUUAUAGAGAAGGUGAUAGUUGGACAUUCUCCUAGAACGAAUAAACAUUCGAGGAAAUUUUCAUGUGACUCGUCGUCGUUUGGCCCUGAGUUUGUGUCGGAUUCUCCAAGGCUCAAUGGUAGCUUUAGGAAGAGGAAUAAUAAUAAUGGGUCAGGGGAUUUCUCCAAUUUUAAGAAGGUAGAUAAUUUGUCCGAGGCUGGUGAUAAUAUGACAGACAGAGUUUACACUAUUGACUCUGAAUUCAAAAGCGGACCUGGUGCUUUUGAUGAAUAUGUAACAACUCCUAGGGAGUUUGGAAAUCAGGGUGAUUUUGAAGAUCCUUAUGUAAAGAAGCUUUACAUGAGGCUUCAAGCACUUGAGGCGGACAGGGAAUCAAUGAGGCAGGCAAUCAUUUCGAUGCGUACUGAUAAAGCGCAGCUUGUUUUGCUCAAGGAAAUAGCUCAACAUUUGUGCAAAGAGAUGCCAGAACAGAAGAGAGUUAAUGUGAGAUCCUUUGUUGGCGGCUUCACAUUCUUCACAGUUUUUAAGUGGGUUGCAUCGAUUGUUUCCUGGAGAAAGAGAGGUCAUCAAAUCAAGUAUAUGUUUGGGCUACCAUCUAGCAACGCCGGCUUGCUAAUGCUCCUUGACAAAGGACCCCAUGUAAGGUCGUGGAGAUAUGUUUCAAGAAUGCAAUUGGGAGAUUAGAUCACAGGCUAGGAUCAUACGUGGGAGCACCAAAUGAAACUUCAUCACACUGCUACGAUAUUUUAUUUCUUCUUUUUUCCCCCUUAGAUUUUUCUCUCAAUAGUGAUGUUUUGUUCGGUGUUUUCUGUUGUAUGAGAUUGAAUGUAAUAUUGUAAUUUGUUGGUUGAUCAGUGAAACAUGGAUAUGAUUUGGCAUUUGAGCCUUCUCUCUCUCUCGUAUGCUUGGUUAUAGUUGAGAAUGUAUAUAUACCAUUAGACAGUCCUCUCAUGUA